AUCGGAAGGGUUUAUGAUCGGGCCGUAUAAUGACCCAUUUUGUGUAAGAGAAUGGGCCCUAAAUAAAAGGUCAAAAUCCAACAUGACUUAAUGUUGGAAAAGUUGACAAGAGAAGAGACAAAGGAAAAUGGCGUUGCGAUGACUCGUGAUGUGAGAAGAUCGAGAACGUGAACAUCUGAGGUUUGUUGUGUAGCAGAUCAGAGUGCAGAGUGAUCAUCAUUCUGUUUGAAGAAAUGACAAUGGGUGAGAGUCCCCCACCUGCACCUCCAACUGGGUUGCUUAUGAAGCGCUGCAAGUUCAUUUGGCGCCUUUUGCUGCUCUCUAACCUUGCUCUUGGAGCUUUUCUAUUUGCAAGUGCAAAACGAAGAGAUUCAGGGGAGAUUACUAGAAGAACAGCACAAAAAUCUCACAAGGGAAAAGCUAGUGUUGAAGUUCCUCCUGAACCCGUCACAAGUUCAAUUGAUUUAAAUUACGAUGAUUUCAUUUUGCCUGUCACGACACCUGAGCAAAUGCAGGCUCCUAUCCCUGAAGAACUACAACGUGAAAUUUUCCAGUGGAUGCUGGAAGAGAAAAGAAAACAGAAACCUAAGAACCCUGUAGAGAAAAAACAAAUUGAUGAAGAAAAGGCCAUUCUUAAGCAGUUCCUGCGAGCAAAGUCAAUACCAAAGUUUUAACUUUAACUCUCGUGCUCUAACAUCACAUCACUGACUGAUUAAAUAGUUUCAAUGCAACGGAUAGGCGUGUGAAUUUGACAGACUCUUCUCUUCCCAAUUCCAUUAUUUUGGUGGAUAAUGAGUUAAUAGCAUUACAUUAGUUUUAGAAAAAUAGGUAUCCUGUCAGCUGUGCAUGGCAGCUGGGCAGUUGGUAUGGGAUAGCUGUAUCCUUCGUCUCGUUUACAUCAAACAAAGGAUAUUAUGCAAGAAUAUUAUUGAGUUGGUACAUCAACAAAUAUCAUUGAAAAAGGGGAACUGUUAUACCCUACUACCGGAUCUCUACUUGUCAAUUGUAUUCGUUCUCUUAAAUGUGAUAUCUCUAAUGGUUAUGAUAUUGACCUGUAUGAAAGGGCUACAUGCCAGUUAUUACUCUAAUGAAUAAAUUCUUCGAAAUGUGGGGGACGAAAA